GCAAAGUAUGCAUAUGGGCAGUGGAAUAGUCAUGAUUCCCUGGUCUGAUCUUCCCAAAGAACUUGUCGAGAGGAUUGGCAAAUUCCUGGACACACAUAUUGACGUCCUUCGCUUUCGUGCAGUCUGCACUACAUGGCGUUCCUCACUCCCUCCUUUCAAAAACUCUCCUCCUUUACCCUUAAAAAUUCCCUUCCCCCUCCUCAACCUUAACCCUGAUACAGCCAAGCCUGAAUUUUAUCAUCUCAUUGACAGCACCGUUUAUCUUUUCCAACCCCCUGAUGGCGCUGCUCCCACUGCUAAUUCGUCUUGUAAAGGGUGGUUGAUCAAGGUUAUAAAAACAGCAGAUGGAAAACUGCGGGUUUUGAAUCCACUAACCGAUAGACUUAUCAAGGAUUUGCCAGAUAAUAUGCCUAAGGUAUUGAAUUUACUAGACUUUCGCGUUUCUCAAGUUUGCAAAUCUUAUCAUGUCCAAUCCCUCAAUAACUCUAGACUUUCUUACGGUGAUUAUGAUGUAGGGUAUGUUAGAAAAAUAUUGCUUCUUACAAACCAUGCAGAGAGUGAGACCAAUAAUUUUUCUAUAAUGGCGAUUGAUCGUGGGGAUUCAUUAUAUUAUAUAAAUUUGGGGGACGAGAAGUGGACUAGGUUAAAAAAUGCCAGUUGCUUUAUUGUCGAUAUUAUCGUGUAUAAGGGGAACUUUUAUGCUGUUGAUCGAUAUGGAGAAACCAUAAAGUUUGAUAACUCAUUUAAUGAGACCAACGUAGCUUCCAGAUUAUCCUAUGGUGGUCGGAAGAAACGACUGGUGGAAUCAUGUGGACAAUUGUUUUUGGUUGAUACUAUUUUAGGUGUCGAUAAAAAUACCAAUGCUGCCUGCCCUGAUUGGAAUAUCGUUGAAAUCAAAAUGUACCGACUGGAUGAAGAACAACACGAGUGGAUUGAAGUGGUUACUUUGGGUGAUAGAAUUCUCUUUGCUUGUAAUGAUUGCUGCUUCUCUGUUUCUUCACAUGAUUUUGAUGACUGCAGAGGAAACUGCAUUUACUAUGUGAACGGAUGGGAAUAUUAUGAUGACGAGAGUGACGAUGACUUAGGCUGUGGUUGUUGUUGCGGUUUUAAUGAUGACGAUAAUCGUCCAACUAUAGGUGAUGAUAUGACUUAUAACAGCAGUGUUAGCGAUGAUGAUCACAAGAUUUAUGACUUUGAUAGCAAAUCAGGUGAUGAUGCGAUUAGAAGCAGUAUUAGCUAUGAUAAUCACAAGAUUAAUGACUCUAGUAGCAAAUCAGGACUAGUACAUGGAUAUGAAGGAUUAUUUGAUCAGAACACGUGUGUCUUUAACGUAGAAGAUGGUAAACUUGGUUCACUGUUAUCCUUCCUUGAAUAUGCAGAAAUUUUAUGGCCACCACCAUAUUGGCUUACUCGUCAGGAUCAGGCUCAUUCAGAUUCUCAUGAAAUUACUGAGCCGUGAUUAUGUAUAAAUAAUGAGGCAGCAAUGGAAUCAAGUCACAAAAAGAUGCAGGAUUCCAUCGGCUCUUCGUUCUGCUUUUGCUUUUGCUUUUGUUUCUUGCUUUACUACUAGUGUGGUUAAUUACUGGAGUCCGGAAAUUUAGGAACUUUGUUUCUACAACACAAUGCCUUUUUUUUAUUCACAUGCCAUUUAAUUAUUUUGCUA